AUGACCCGCCUUUUGGUGGGACUGAUCCUAGCAGUCGCAAGCUUCAGGUCCGUGCUCUUCUGCGGCUGGACCACACCCCCGCGAGCCCGGAGCGUGCAGCGCAACGCCUGGUUCGAGGUUGCGCCGGGGCAAAAGGAGUUCUCCCCUCAGGGCCGAGCUUGGCCGGUUUUCCCCUCGCCGUCGGUGCUGUGGCCCGGGGCACACGUCCAGUUCGCAGUGAUUGAGCCCGGGCAUCGACAGCUCUAUGAGGCCACGCGGCUCGGGCGCUUCGUUCCUCACAGCAUCCCUCCCGGCCAUGGCGCUAUGCCGGACCGGGUGCCGCGCUUGCUGAGCCCGCUCGGCCGCAGCUCCGUGGAUCUGUGGCAGAGCCAGCGGAGCCGCGCCCCUUCCGUGGCCUCGGCGGCCUCGGCGGCCUCCGCGGCGCCGUCGGCGGCGCCGUCGGGCUCGGCGACUGUGGACAGGCAGGGCGAGGAUCAUGGGGCGCAGAGGCUGAGGCAGAGCGGCUUUACGGUGGAGGACCUGGUGGGGGCCGGCUACUCCCUGCCCGAGCUGCGGCGUGCUGGGUACUCCGCCGCGGAGCUGCGGAGCGGCUUCUCCACCAAGGAGCUGCUGGCGUGCGGCUGCGGCCCCGAGGAGCUGCGAAGCGCCGGGGUCUCGUUGGCGCGGCUGCAGCACGCCGGCUUCUCCCCGCAGGCGCUGAGGGCCGCCGGGUUCGGCGCCGCGGAGCUCGCGGCGCAACUCCCGGCGCCGCAGCUGCUGGCGCUGGGCGUCCCUUUGGCGGAGCUGCGGCAGGCCAAGGUCCCGGCGGCGGCGCUGCGCCGGGCCGGGCUCGGCGCGCAGGAGCUGUGCGCCGCGGGCUUCAGCUGCUCCGCGCUGAUUGCCGCGGGCUUCGGGCUGCAGGACCUGGCGCGCACGGGGCGUCUGCUGGAGCUGCGUAAGCUGGGCCACGGCGCCAGGGCCCUGACCAAGGUUGGCUUCUCUUUGGAGGACCUUAGGAAUGCAGGCUUCGCGGUCAAGGAGCUUCAAGACGCGUUUCCGCUGAAGGCCCUACGGGGCCUGGUGCCCCUCUGCUCACUGCGCCCAAUGGGGGCCUCCAAGUUGCGCAGCGCUGGAUUCGGCGCGUGGGAGCUGAGGACGGGGGGCUUUGCCGCUUGGCUGCUGAGCGAGGCCGGCUUUUCUCUGCGGCAGCUUAAGGAGGCGGGCUACUGCCUCAAGGACUUCCGGAACUCGGGGGUCUCUGCCUGGGGCCUGCUGGCCGCUGGCUUCUCCUUCCGCUCUUUGUUCCACGCAGGCUUCGACAGGGAGCAUCUGGCACAGCUGGGGGCAACUCCGGAGGAAGUGGCCGGCCGCUCCGCGCACGCGCUCCGGGAAGCAGGGCAUGUGCCCGAGACGCUGCUGGCCGGGGGCUUCGUGCUGGAAGAUCUCAGGCACGCGGGCUUCGGCGCCGAGAGCUUCCCCCGCGCCCAGCUGCGCAGCGGCGGCUUCGCCGCCGCGGAGCUCCGCGGCGGCGGCAAGGCAGCGCUGGGGGCGCGGCAGCUGCUGGCGAACGGCUUCCCGCUGGAGGAGCUACGAGAUGCCGGAAUCACAGCCAAAGAAUUGCGGGAGCUCUCCAUUGCGGCAGCAGACCUGAAAGCCGCCGGCUACUCCUGCUGGGACUUGAAACUUGCGGGCUUGUCCGCGGCCGAACUCCAAGAGGCUGGCUUCGGCGCGCGGGCUCUGGGCUGUGCAGGCUUCAAAGCCGCGGCGAUUGACCUUCUGAUGAGCGGCGCCCGGCAGGUGCUAGCGCCGCUAGUAAACGUGCCAACGCAUCCUCCCUGCAAUGCAGGCGAGCGAUACCUCCCAGAGAGGUAUCGAUUGAACUCCAUGGCGGCGGUGAUGCAGCUCGAAGACCUGGAAGAGGCGACGGAGCAGACGGAGGGCUUGGUGAAGUACGUGGCGAAGCACCGGGUGGUGGGCCGCGCCAAGAUCCAGCGGCUGCUGAACCCCUCAGCGCUCUUUGAGCUCGAUGCGAAGCAGGAAAAGGUUGGCUACCUCAAGGUCGAGGCAGACAUCUUGCCCGAUGAGGAUCCACAGCAGCCUCUUCCUCCGCAGACGGUUGAUGCGCUCUCGAAUCUCUGGGAGGAGCUGCGGGUCCUCUCUGUGGAGUUGUCCGAGCCUAGUCUGGAGCCGCACGCCGCGGUGCAGAUUGCGCGCUGCCCUGCCUGGCGCUUGGUGGAAAGUUGGUACAGGAUGCGAAUGAAAGUCCAGGCGCACCGGGAGCACGCGCGCGUGGGAACAGCAGUGAAUGCAUGGCUGCAGGCCGAAAAGAAGAAAGGCAAUGGCAUCACAGCGGCUGAAGCCUUGCAGCAGAUGCCGCCACAACUCCUAGAGGUGGUCACUCGCUUGAACAGCCCGACCGGUCCCAAGUUCGAGACGGAGUUCUUCGACCCCUUUGCGAGGCUUUUGGGUGCCAAGAGCGUCGAGGAAAGGGACAAGACGCUGGUGAAGAUGGCGGAGGACGAAGUGAAAAGCGCGCGAGCACGGGUGUCAAUCAGGAAACUCCUGGAUUGA